CGCCAUACGAUUCAUUGUUUGUGGUUGUGACCAGCUGGCUGUGCUGUUUCCAGCCAGGUACAUUUUAGUUUUCUUCAAAGUUUCAUUACUAUUGGAAGAAGGGAGGGCGGUGCGUUGUCCUAGGUUUCGACCAGGCUAGCGUAUCGUCCGUGCUUUGGACUUUCUGAUUCGACUUUGUUAUAUUUUGUAACAAGUCCAGGAUGACCCGUGGAAAUCAGAGAGAUUUGGCUCGUGCCAAGAACCAGAAAAAACAACAAGAAAUGCAAAAGAAGAAGAAUGCCAAUGAGAAGACUGGUUUGUCUCUGCAAGAGAGAAAGCAUAGGGAUGCUGAAUUGAUGCGAGAAAAACAACGAAAAAAAGAGGAGCAAUCAGGUGGGAGCAAUAAUCAAAAACAAGCUGUAAAUUAAUUGAACACACUAUAGUUCCCAUAGGAUUUUUUAAUUAAUCUGAUGGUUCCUAAAGAAGACUACAUUUGAUAUUUUCUUCAGCUCAGAUUUGGUUGGUCAGAUCUUUGUUUUGACAGCUUGCUUAGGGUUACCACAUGCAUGGUAAGCUAGUACCCGUCAUCCUUUGAACGAGAGGAGAUGGGACAACUUCUCAGAACGCUCCUUGAUAUAGUUGAACGAAUGUCCAUAAUGAAGCAAUAUUACGAGGUUGGUUAGUCUCAUCCAUGUCGGCAAUGAAAAGGAUCUCAUAUAUUUCCAGUCGCUCCCGUGGGGAUUCCCACUGGAGGCAAAUGGGAAUAUGAAAACGGAACGUUUAUUCCCAGCCGCUCCCGCGGGGACUGCCACUGGAGCCAAAUGGAAAUAGUCAUUGCCUUUACUUCACUUAGUUUAUUCCCAUUUGCAUACGGUGGCAAUCCCCGCGGGGGCGACUGGAAAUAUACGAAGUAUUGCACAUUUUUGCAAGGUACCUAUCCAAAGCAUCGAGUAAGUAAAGAGAGGUACGAACAAUAUAUUCAAAGCAGGUCCAUCUUCCAUCUUGGUAUAAAAAGUUCAGUUUAAAAGCAGGUAUUUUUGUCUCUCUUUAUUUUAAAUUAUAAGUAUACAAUUAAAUUAUUUACAUUCCAGGCCUAAAACCUUAACCGCCUUAUUAAUAAACAAGGAUUAAGCUUGGACUAGUAACACCGUGUUUUGUUCAUAUCACU